CUUUUUAUAUUGUUCUCGUGGUUUGUCUUGCACAGUUGCACAUGGCCUUUUCUUCUUCGUAGUUUCAGUUUUUUGCUUGUCAAGGUGCAGUUUUUACAGAUUUUAUAAGUAUUUUCAAAUAAAAAAAAGGGAGCAAGGAUGGAGGACCAUGUUGAGGACAAGAAAAAGGCCCACCGGGAACGCCGUGCUGGGCGCAAAGCGGACAAGAAAAAAGUCAAGGAUCCGCACGUUCAAGAAAUGGAUGCCCGUCAGCGUAACCCCAAGGCUUUUGCUAUCCAGUCAGUAGCCAAGGCUCAGAAACAUUUUCACAGGGCCCAAGAUUUGGAAACGAAAAAGCAGCAUAUUCCAUUAGUAGACAGGACUCCAUUAGAACCCCCACCGAUCAUGGUAGCCAUUGUUUGCCCACUCAAAGUUGGAAAAACCACUCUACUCCAAGCUCUAAUAAAAAACUUUACACGACAGAAUAUCACAUCCAUACAGGGGCCCGUAACCAUCGUCACGGGUAAAAAACGAAGGGUGACUUUUAUGGAAUGCAAUAACGACAUCAACUCAAUGAUAGACAUCGCGAAAGUGGCUGACCUUGUUCUGCUUUUGACUGAUGCUUCGUUUGGCUUUGAAAUGGAAAUUUUUGAAUUUCUCAACAUCUGUCAGGUGCAUGGAUUCCCCCGAGUAAUGGGCGUUCUGACUCAUCUGGACAUGUUCAAGAAUAACAAACAACUGAAAAAAACUAAAAAAGUUUUGAAGCACAGAUUUUGAACAGAAGUUUACCAGGGAGCGAAAUUGUUUUACCUUUCUGGUCAACUCCACGGAACCUACCCUAAAAACGAGAUCAAGAACCUCGGCCGCUUUAUCUCGGUCAUGAAAUUCCUACCUCUGUUGUGGAGAUCGACUCAUCCUUACGUCUUGGUGGACCGAUUGGAAGACAUGACACCUCCCAGUCGAUUACACGAGAAUCUCAAAUACAAUCGGGACAUCUGCCUUUACGGUUUCGUGCGUGGUGUCCACUUGAGAAAACACUGCCCCAUCCACAUCCCAGGCUGUGGUGAUUUCCGCCUUAAAGAUGUUUCUUUUCUUCCCGAUCCUUGCCUUUUACCGGAUAAAUUGAAAAAACGUUCGCUUGUCGAAAAAGAGAAGCUGAUCUAUGCCCCCAUGUCUGGGGUGGGCGGUAUCAUCUACGACAAGGAUUCCAUCUACAUUGAGCUUGGCGGCAGUCACUCGCACUCCAAACAGGAUGGCCCUACAAAUCCUAAAUCAGAGAUGAUCUCGUCGCUGAUGAAGUUGCAAAGGACGCUGGAUGUACAGAUGUCUGAAUCAAAAGUAGAAGGACCUACUCUGACUCGGGCGGAAAUUUUGGCUGCCCGAUUUUGGCUGCCCGAUUCCAUUAAGAAACCCGUUCGGCUGCCCAGCUGACACCAAGGCCGUCAUUGAAUGCUCGUCUGACUCGGACUGUUCCGGCCGGGCCAAGUGCUGCUCCAACGGAUGCAGUUCCACCUGCACCUCCCCCGAAG